AUGAAGUACUCGACCGUUACCUUGGCUGCCCUCUUAGCCGCGCAGGCUCAAGCGCAAGCUCAGACCCCCACCUCCACGCAAGACGUGUACAAGCGGGAAGCUCAGGACAUUGCCCAGGACCUUCAAGGGUUCUUGCUGCUGUUGGCUGCCCAACAAAAGCGUGACGUCGUCGACGCCACCCCUGCUGACAUUGAGGAAAUUCUCAAGAGAGCCGUCAAGAACACUCCCUUGGGCGAGUUCCUCGCCAGACGUGACGUCGACUGGAGCAGCAUCAUCCAGCUGAUCCUCCUGGCCCUCCCCGGCUUGAUCAAAACCAUCUGGGACUCGGGGAUCAUCCAACAGGUCGUCAGCGCCAUCUGGAACAACCAGUCGAUCAGAGACGCUCUUUUCAACGGCAUCAAGUGGAACGACCCCCUGCUCUCCGCUCGUGACGUCGGCGACACCAUUGGCCAGAUCAUCACCUCCAUCUGGAACUCGGGCGUCAUCCAGCUGGUGUACAACUGGGUGGUCAACUGGAUCAAGAACAACCCCGACCAGUUCCAAAACUUAAUCAAGCAAGGUUUCAACAUCAUCGUGUCCAUCGGUAGUCUGCUCUGGACGUGGGCUCAACAAAACGGUAUCAUCGAAAAGGUGUUCACCUGGAUCGGCAACAACGCUGGUGGCAUCAUCAAGACCGUGGUUGACUUCUUGCUCUCGUUGUUCGGUGGCGCCUCUACUGGUGGCUCGGCCUCCGCCUCUGCCGGUACUAAGCCGACGACCACCGCUGCCGCCCCUGCUGCCACUACUCAACCUGCAGCCGCCCCCGCCGGUACUACUCAACCUGCCGCCGCCCCCGCCGGUACUACCGCCGCCGCUGGUGGCAACAACGCCGUUCUUGCCUCGUUGCAAGCCGCGUACGGUGGUGGCGCUGCUGGUGGUGCUGCUGCCCCCACUACGGUGCAGGCCAAGAGAAUGUUGUACUAG